AUGGCGACACAUACCGCCAUGACUCAGGGCAACGACCCUGAGCUUCGCGGCUCACUGGAACGCAAAGUUGGCAUUCUGCACUUUGUUUCCCCAAAGGACCAAGGCUGGACAGGUGUCCUUCGAAAGAGAUUCACCGACUUCCAGGUUCACGAGAUCAGCGAGGCUGGGGAAGUGGUUCACUUGAAGGACUAUUUCACCAAUGCCCGUGACUACGAGAGAGCUGAAGCAAGAAAGAACGGAGAAGCUGCUUCAUCUGGACAGGCUCCAGGUACAGCAAAGCCCAAAGAAAAUGGUGCUGCUACUUCAACAGAGUCUCAGGACGGUCAACCUACACAAAACAGCGGUGAAGAUAGCACCACUCUCAAAGACCAGGCGACCGAGUCUGCCGCCAAGGCCACAGAAGGUGCUCCUGAGAAGACAGACACUGCUGAUGGAGAGAUUGCUGCUUCCGAUCUUGAAAAGCUGAAGGAAUCUCUGGGCUCAGAUGUAACUGAAGAGCUGGUAGCCCUUUUCAAAAAGGUGCUCGCUGAUCCCGAGGCCAGACCUCAAACUCAUGGCCUCGUCAAGUUUCCUCAGAUUGAGAGAUCAGUCCGGGGCCCUUUGCAUGCAGAAAUCCGCCGUAUUUUCUCGUCCAAGAUCGAGACAGAGACCAACCACGACGGCAUCAUUGUGGCAAGAGCACAGCCGCCGCGUAAGUCACGAUGGGGAACUCGCGCAGAUAACCGCAAUCGCAACAAUCAGGCCAAUCAAGUCAAGAUUGGCAAAUUUUUGCAUUUCUCCCUCUACAAAGAGAACAAGGAUACAAUGGAAGCGAUCAACAUUCUCGCCACAGCUUUAGGCAUGAGGCCAAACUUCUUCAGCACGGCAGGAACAAAAGAUCGUCGUGCGGUCACUGUUCAACGCGUGAGCAUUCGCGGUCGUGAUCCCAAAAAGGUCAUUUCCGCCAAUGCCAAGUUACGAGGCCUCGCAAUCGGCGACUUCAAGUUCUCAGACAAGGAUUUGUAUCUUGGCUGCCACAACGGUAACGAGUUCACUAUUGUCUUGAAGGAUUGCACCUUCCAGGGCGCUGAGAAUGAAUCCCUCGAUCGUCGGCUCGAGAUCGCCCAGUCCACUCUUGACCGGGCGCUUGCAGAUAUCAGCCAGCACGGCUUCAUCAACUACUUUGGUACCCAACGCUUCGGAACCUACGAGAUUGGCACACAGACCAUUGGCAUGAAGAUUCUGCAGGGAGACUUGAAAGGUGUCAUCCACGACUUGCUUUCCUACGACUCUGAGCUGGCAACCAUGGACCCGAACACCCUGCAAGAUGACAACAACCGCCUGACCGACAUGUAUCGUGCCAAAGCCUUGGCCAAAUACAAAGACGGUAACGAUGCUGAUGCAGCCGCCAAGGCUCUUCCGAGAAGAUGCAAUACCGAGUUUGCGAUCCUCAAACACCUGAGCAAGCAGCCCACCGACUACCACGGGGCAGUUCUUGCUAUCACCAGGAACAUGCGCAAUAUGUAUCUGCACGCUUACCAGUCCCUUGUCUGGAACUUUGCCGCAAGUAAGCGCUGGGAACUGUUCGGCAAAAACGUGGUCAAGGGAGACCUUGUAUUCGCCUUGGCAGAUGACACUCAGAAGGCUCCUGCCAAGGAGGAUCUUGAUGAGGAAAACAUUCAUCUGGCAGAAGCUGCCCAAAGUGACGAUGGCUCGAAACCGAAUGUCCGCGUACUCACUGCUGAGGACGUUGCAAGCGGGCGCUAUUCCAUACAGGACGUUGUGCUGUCUAUCCCUGGCACAGAUGUGAUCUAUCCCGACAAUGAGAUUGGAGAUUUCUACAAGGAAUUCAUGGGUAGGGAGGAGAAUGGCGGCCUUGACCCUCAAAACAUGCAUCGCGUACAAAAGGCGUUUAGCCUGACAGGAGACUACCGCAAGUUCAUGGGUGGAUUCAUUGGUUCGCCGUCGGGUAGCGUCCAUAGCUACGGCCAUGACCAUGAUCAACUAGUUCCGACAGAUCUUGACCUCAUCAAGGCUCGACAGGCCGCGGCACGUGCCGAAGCUGCAGUAGAUGGCCAAGGAAACUCAUCGGCAGGCUGGAAAUCAUUUGCACAAAACGUUGGAGAAGACGAGCGCAACGAAGCCAAGGUCAAACUUGCAGCUGCGCAGAGACGCAAGGCCGAAGACAUGGAGGCUAACCAGUCAGGAUCCCGCCUGAACGACACCUGGGUUCAGACUUCCACUGAUGGAAGCAACAAGAGGGUAAAAGUCGAUACUAGUACUGACAUGAUUGAAGCUCAGAUUGGUAGUACGGCACAGGUUGAAGCAUCGAACCAACAUGAUGAUGUCAAGGAUCUAUCCACAUUGGAGGUUAGUACGCCAAAUAUUGUUAACGUUGAGUCGACCUGGGUGGCGCGCUUCAAGAAAGUUCUUUUGCAGCUCUACGACGCAACCAUCGGCAAUCUUUUUCGAUUUUUCAAUACUGACAAAACCAACCGCAAGACACCCCAGGAUACUCAACAACCCGGACAGUCAGCUGUCACCAAGGUCGAAUCGGAAUGUGAGCCAUCUGACAAGCCGGCCGCUGAGGGUGUUCCGCAGUCAGCUCCUAUAGACACCCCUAUGGCUGACGCUCCUUUGGCAAGUCAUGUUGGAAAGCCGUCAAGGGUUGAGAGCGCGCAGAGCCCAGGGCAGCAAGACAAGACUCUGCUUCCAGUAGAGGAUCAAAAGAUCGCCGUUGUUCUGAAGUUCUCUCUUGGCUCGAGCGCAUAUGCCACGAUGGUGCUCCGCGAACUCCAGGGCUAG